UCUAUCUUCAUAAUUACCAACCCAGCAUUCUGUGGAGCCCGUGCUCCCUUACAGACAGACGACCCUGACAGUCGAGUGGUUUGUAAUACUUAGCAGACCUGGCCAGGACAAGUUACCAUGCCAGAACCCUCUACCUUUUUGUCAAAGAAUAUAGGCAAGCAGGGUAUAGACGAUAUCUGGACGGCUUUGAGUGAGCUGAAGGAUCUUGGGGAUCAAGUUUUGAGAUUUUUAAGUAAAAUUGAAAGUACGGGAAGCUCUCAAGAGGCUUUAGAUGAAAUGGAAGGUAUACUGGACAACGCCCAGGAUACCUUGAACGAAUUAGAGGAUAGGCUAAGCUCUAUAGUUGAGAGUUUAGAUAAGUGGAAAGACAUGGUGGACGAGGCCGAGGAUGCCGUGAACGAUAUAGGGGAUAUGCUAAGUUCUAUACUGGAGAGUGUAGAUGAGUUGAAAGAUAUAGUGGACGACAGGAGAGACGAUUUAGAUGAAACGGAGGACACUGAUAUCUGAGAAAGUCGGUUGAUAGAGAGAAUUUAGCGGUUCAUUUGGCG